CGGAGCCUGGUCUAGAACUCCUCUCACACUUCAUCAGUGAUGAAGAGAGAGGAAUAAGAAAGCCGGCUACUUGGACACGACCUUGGUGCUAAAAUGGGGAGCUGUGGCAGUAGCUAUGUGAGGCGGACUGUACCAAUUUCCCCUACGGUGUCUCCUCCACAUUUCCUGGGCCACGCCAAUGCCAACAAUAACAACAAUACCGACUUCCCAGAGGAUACAUACUCCAGGGGACAGCCUCAAAGAGACCAGAACACACCGGAAAAGUGCAAUAAAGCCAGAGAUCUCAGUCUCUCUGAUGUCACCAAUGGAAACCAUGUCAGGCAGGUAUCCAAAAGAGACUCUUCCUCCCAAGUCUUAGGGGAAAUAGUAGUUUGUAAGGAAUGGGACCUGCAAGGUUCUUUGGCCAGAAGUAAUGACAAUGGACGCUGUUCAUGGAUCAGUUCCGCUUCCAAAGCAUCCCUAUCUGAUUUCCGUUCAAAAAAAAAUAUGUUUGAAUUCUGGGAAGUAGCUGAGCAAAACAAGAAGAACAGCAAUGUGGAGAAACCUUCUACUAAGCGGCAACUUUCAAAUGAGAGCACCCAGAACUUCCGAGUGGUUAAGAAGCCCACAGUGAGAAAAGACAUUCCAUACACUGUGGAGGCCUCCACAUUGAGCAUCUUACCUGGAGAAAGAAAGACUAGCAUGGUAGGACGGAAGUCAAGAAAGGAUCUCUUCCAUGAUCCCAAGGUGUUCAGAAGAGUGGACAACCAUGUUUUGGCUGCCAGCAAGCAGCUGAAGACAGAGAAAGUGCACUCUGUUCAGAAGAUCACGCAGUGUAUCACUCAGGGGGCCCAGAGCGACUUGGAGAGGGUCCGAGCGAUAUGGAUCUGGCUGUGCCAUAACAUUGAAUAUGACAUCACUGGCUACCUUGGCCUUUCAGAGAAGCUGUGCUCGCCGGAGCAGGUGAUUGAGGCAGGCAAAGGCGUGUGUUGUGGAUAUUCCCGUUUGUGUCUGGAGAUGUGCAGGGUGCUGGGAAUCCAAUGUGUUGAAAUUUCUGGGCAUGGAAAAGGAAUUGGAUAUCAACUUGGACAAAAUUAUCAGAACACAAAGUCCAACCACAUGUGGAAUGCAGUCCAGCUAGGAGGGCAGUGGUUCUUGUUGGAUGCUUGCUGGGGAGCAGGAACCGUAGACAUCGGUACCAGAACCUUUACUCAGAGGUAUGAUGAGUUUUACUUUCUGCCCGACCCAGAAACCUUCAUCGACUCCCACUGCCCUGAUGACUGCCAGUGGCAGCUGACGGACUCUCCCAUCUCACUUGAAGAUUUUGAGCAAAGUGUCUUCAAGACGUCUGAGUUUUAUAGACUUGGCAUCUCAUUAAUUUCUCCCAAGUCUCUGCAUCUCCUCACAGUGAAUGGAGAGGCUGUCAUUUCCCUGGGCUGUUCUGUCCCUUUGGAAUUCACCUACCAAAUCUUACAGCAGAGCGAACACAAUCCCCAAGACCUUAGCAGCUCAUUUGGACUCCUGACAGUGUCCCGCAAAGGCAUGAAUCUUAAACUUCUCCCUCCUGUUGGUGGAAUUUAUGACAUCAUGGUUUUUGCCCGUCCUGCACUGUCCCAAGGCAAUUUCAGCUGGGUCUGUACAUUCCAGGUUGAGUGUCAAGAACCCAAACCUUCUGAGGAACGUCCAGAGAACCCAUUUCUGUCUUGGGGCCUCCAACAAACCGCAAAAGAUUUGGGCAUAAAGGAUUGCAGCCACGGAAUAGAGCCCUUCACAACAGAAAGUGGCACUUUUGAGUUGAUUCUCCACACAAUGAAACCACUGAUGAUCCUUUGUGAGUUUGUUCACAAAGAUUUGGAUCCAUCUUUGGCCAAAAGAUGUGUAGCUUCACAGAUAGAGGAAGAAAAGAUCACAUGCCAUGUUCUCUGCCCAUUUCAUGGCUACUACCGUUUUUCUGUCUUUGUGAAGGACUUUGAAGGAGAAGGAAGCUAUCAAAACGCAGGCAACUUCCUGAUACAGUGUACUGGCACCACCACCAACCUGAAUGAAUUAUUUCCGCCUUCCUUGAGCCCAGCCUGUGGACCUGGUGUUAAAACAAGGAAAGCUGGCAUCUCAAAGCCAAGCCACUCUGGUCCCAUCAUUAGCACUCAACAAGGCAAGUGUAACAUAACAUUUCACAUACCUCAGAAUGUGGAGCUCACUGCGGUUUUGGCCAAGGAGCAGAUGCACAACAACAAGCAGACACUCAAUCGAUAUGUUCUUCUUACAUAUACUGACAGCAAAAUAACAGUAAGUGUGUCUUUGCCACAAGCUGGCAUUUAUAGACUUGGCUUAUUUGCAAAAACCUCUUCCAUCAAGGACUUUAGCCAUGUGUGUGACUACGUGCUGAAGUGCUCCUCUGAACAACCAGGAACCCCCUUCCCGAGUACUUUCAGUGCCUGGAAGAAGGGCUGUGUGCUCUUUGAACCCAGAUCAGGUACACUUGAGCCACACAGCUGGGUGCGCUUCAGGAUUCGAGUGCCAGGAGCGCAGAAGGUCUGUGUGGUUGGGGAAACCAGAACAGAGCUACAGCUGAACAAAAGCAGAGUUUGGGAAGGUGAAAUUUUUACUGGUGGUGCCUCUUCCGAGCUAAAGCUGGCUGCUAAAUUUUCAUCUGAAACAUCAAACUUGGAUGUGAUCAUGUCUUUUGAGGUCAUGGGCCUGCAAACUGAACUAUGAAUACAUAAAAAAUUUUUAAAAAUAUAUAAAGACUUACAAAAGUGAGGUCAACUUGUCAAGUGUAAACCACAGACUUUGUUUAUUCUGAACUGGAUGGUAGGAUUGCUAGUAGCGCACAUCAGCACACAAAGCGUAUAUAAAAAAUGACACAGAGGCCAGUGAAGAGCAGGUUAUGUAAUUGUAUGAAGUGAAUGGGUCACAAUGAGGCCACCCAAAUAUUUUGGGGCUUAACAAUCACUAAAGCAAUAAAUAUGUGCUUUUUUUCUCAAAAUAACAUGUCUUCCUCGGAGGAGAUGGAAUAUAAUUUGUCAGCUGUAAAUGUGAAUGGAAAUAAAAGAUAAAAACAAUGCUGA